AUGCUCCGCAACGGUAGUGUUUAUGGAAUACUUUACAUUAAAUUUUGUGUCUUGUCUGCUUUUUUUAAGAUAGAAAAAAAAGGCAUGACUAAUGCCCUAGGCAAUUGGUCAGGGAUCAAAGUCUGCGCUGGCUCUAGUAAAAAAUACCAUGAGAAACAAAUCUUCUGAAAAGCUGGCAAUGUGUUCCUAACCUGUGCUUUCAAUAUAUCCAUUAAGUGUGUGUGUUUCAAAAUGACCUGUGUCACAGAGGGGGAAUAUUGCUCUGCAUCCAGAAUUGAGCCAGGGCUCAUCUAGCUGUUGGGGAACUUUUACUUACUAGCUUCUGUUCUCUUGAAAAACUAAAUGUCUAGAUAGGAGAUGAGCUCAGUGAUCCGGGGUUAGUGGUCCAUGAAAGAUGCUGCUGGCUACCAAUGUACAGAUUUCUCCUCAUAACCUAGUGACCUUGGGGUAACACCACCACAUGUGCAUAAAGUGCCUUGGCCUCCACACAAGAGCCAACAGCUGUCUGAAGCGGAUCUAUCCAUAAAGAAACCCCCAAAAAACAGCAUUUGGACUGGUGUGAGGUACCACCGAAAAGGCAUUUUAUAUGAUUGCUCCUGGAGUGACACAAACACACAGGUUUUUUACAGCAAGCCUCCCAGAUCUCCUCUCAGUACCCUCCCUCCAGCUCCUCUCCCAGGUCGGCAUCCAAUUGUUCCACAUAUGUAAGUCUUUUCCAUUUACUGUAAGUUAUCCCUGUGUGGUUUCCUUCAAGUAAUUUAAAAAAAAAAGAAGGUUAAGCUGGUGGUGGGGACUUGCUUCACAGUGGCUUGUUGUGCAAAAUCUGUGAUUUGUAAAUGUAAAAAAUACUCAGCCGGAGUCAAGUUUACAUUUUGUUGGAGUUCAGAAAAACUGUCAAGCGAUUGAUUAUUAUACAAAUGUAAGUAUCUCAGCCCUCAUGCCUGGUAGGAUGGCUUUAUUUCGUAGCAUGAGGGUAUUUGUAACCCCCCCCGUGUCACAGAUUUGAAGAGAAUUUGUGUGGUGCGAAGCAGCAACAUUUGUGGCCUUGGAACGCAAAUUUAAAACUGGGAAUCUUCACCCAUGAAGAAAGACUCACAGGACUCACAAAUAUUUCUAACUAGGCCUGUAGACAGUUUAGUAAUUAGACGCCAGGUGCUAUCACGCUGGCACGUGUAAACAAAUACGAUUUUUAAAAAAGUGGCUUUAGAAGUAUUAAAACUAAACGUUGACCAUUUGACCACAGCUCUCUUAUCCCUAUCAUGUGAAUGAACCUUGUAUUCUUUAAAAUACCGUAUAGAUUCAGAAGUAAAAGAUGUCAAUUCGCAACAUAGCUUACUCUGUCCAAAUAUUCUAGGAAUUCGGAACUGAUUGCCAAGCAAGGAUAUGCUGAUGGAUACAACGGGUAUCGCCUACAUUUGAUACUAUUUUGGCAAAGCAAAACAUGAAUGGAUUUAUUCAUUGACAGCAACAAAGGAAGUUGUAUAAAGAAUAAUCACGCAUGUCAUUUUUAGUUAAGAAAGAUUUUUGUUUUACAUUACCGGCUAUGUAACUUCAUAUAGGAUUAAUGCAUUGCUCUACAAGCUAAGUUAUUUAAACUACAUUAGCACAGCUAGGGAUAGAAUAAAUCUCUAUGGGCAAUAUGCAGCUUGCCAGCGCCAUCUGCUGAUCACUAAGAUUAUCAAUCAUACAUAGAAUGAAGACAUGGGGGAAGAAGGGCUAAUUUUGAUAACAAAGGAUUUAGAUACCAAAUAAUUUAGAAGGGUAUUUCAGUCUUUCACAAUUCCCCAUUUCAUGAAUAAUCCCUUCAAAUUGUACAAAGAAAAGAGGGAGAGCAGGAAAACAGGAUUAAGAUAGAAUAUCCUAAGGAGUGGGGUUCCCUACUGGUAACAGGAACCGAAAUAGGGUACAUGCAAGAACAUAAAGUGUAACCUCUUCGUUGGUAUUAAAACUUAACUUUUAAUAGGAUAAUGAAUAAAUGAGGUGAAAAACACCACCAAGCAGACGUGUAUUUAAAUUAAGUGUACAAAUAAAAACAACACUUGUCUGAGACUAACAGCAAGAUAACCAGCAUAGUUUGGGGAUUGUUAUCUAAACUGUGCGUCAGUUUCAAAUAAUAUCUGGGAAAGAGAAUGCCCACUAUUUACUGAUAAGAAAAAAGUCUCAACAGGGUUGGGUCAGCACAUGUCUGAGACUAACAACAAGUAGAAGCACAAUCAGGUAUGUGGAUUACUGUCUAAACUGUGCGUCGAGACUACGGUUAAAGACAAUGUAAAGAGAGCGAUAUGUCCUUUAGUAAGUUUAAAGGGAAGUCUCAGCAAGGUGAAAAUACGUGUAUAAUGGAUCUCUAACAGGAGCCCGUAAUGCUCGUCUGAUAGUGUCUAAGGAGUGCAGUAUAUGCACAGUGGUUAAUGCUAGUCGAAUAGCAUCUAAGGGGUGCAAUAUAUGCACAGUAGAAUCAUCUGAUGAAUAUGUGGUAAAGGUAUAACGCAAUGAAUAUACAGGAUUACAGGACACUAUAGGGAGAAGGGGAGGAAUCUAUAAGGCUACUAAUAAGGUGAAUAAAAGAGAGGUUAAUAGCUGGAAUAGCUAUGGUGUGAUCCAUAAGAUAAGGUGUCUUCGAUCAACUGUGCCUUCGAGGGCACCCCUUAAGAAAAUGCCUGAUUUGCCCACUAACAAUGGGUAAAAAAACCUUCCCUCCAAAACCCUGCAGGAGUGCGCGGGAAUAGAGAUCCAACCUAGGUGUCCACGCAAAUCUUAGCAGUGUGGCUAAUAGCCUUCCCAGGUAUAAGUCACAAUAAAAGAACCGCUGCUCCCAGCCUAGCUGCUCUAAUAGUAGCGGCGUCUGGUAACAAAGCUAGGUGCAGGAAGUUAGACAAUCAAAGAACUCGCUCCUAACUAAACCGCUGAUGUUGUAGCGGCGACUGGUAUCUAAGCUAGGAGCGAGUUCUUUGAUUGUCUAACUUCCUGCACCCAGCUUCGUUACCAGACGCCGCUUCUAUUAGAGCAGCUAGGCUGGGAGCAGCGGUUCUUUUAUUAUAAGACUUAUACCUGGGAAGGCUAUUAGCCACACCACUAAGAUUUGUAUGGACACCUAGGUUGGAUCUCUAUUCCAGCGCACUCCUACAGGGUUUUGGAGGGAGGUUUUUCACCCCUUGUUAGUGGGCAAACCAGGCAUUUUCUUAAGGGGUGCCCACAUUGAUAGGGCACCUUAUCUUAGGACUCACACCAUAGCUAUUUCAGCUAUUUACCUCUCGUUUUUUUUGCCUUAUUGGUAGCCUUAUAGAUUCCUCCCCUUCUCCCUAUAGCGUCCUGUAAUCCUGUAUAUUCAUUGCGUUAUACUUUUACCACAUAUUCAUCAGAUGAAUCUACUGUGCAUAUCUUGCUCCGCUUAGAUGCUAUUCGACUAGCAUUAACCACUGUGCAUAUACUGUACUCCUUAGACGCUAUCAGACGAGCAUUACGGGCUCCUGUUAGAGAUCCAUUAUACACGUAUUUUCACCUUGCUGAGACUGCCCUUUACACUUACUACAGGACAUAUCGCUCUCUUUACAUUGUCUUUAACCGUAGUCUCGACGCACAGUUUAGACAGUAAUCCACAUACCUGAUUGUGUUUCUACUUGUUGUUAGUCUCAGACAUGUGCUGACCCAACCCUGUUGAGACUUUUUUCUUACCAGAAAAUAGUGGGCAUUCUCUUUCCCAGAUAUUAUUUGAAACCGUAGCGACGCACAGUUUAGAUAACAAUCCCCAAACUAUGCUGGUUAUCUUGCUGUUAGUCUCAGACAAGUGUUGUUUUUAUUUGUACACUUAAUUUAAAUAUACGUCUGCUUGGUGGUGUUUUUCACCUCAUUUAUUCAUUAUCCUAUUAAAAGUUAAGUUUUAAUACCAACGAAGAGGUUACACUUUAUGUACCCUAUUUCGUUUCCCGUUACCAGUAGGGAACCCCACUCCUUAGGAUAUUCUAUUUUAAUCCUGUUUCUCCUGCGCUCCCUCUUUUCUGUGUGCAUUAUUAGUGAAUUUUCUUCCUAGGGGUUAACACCCACUAAGGAGAAAAGUUAUUUGGUACAUUCUCUCCUUUUGACUAACCCUUCAAAUUGUAUUUAGUUUGGUGCACACUUGCUAUCUCAGUGUUUUAAUCGGGAAUGGUUAAUAAAUAACUGAUACUUUAGGCUAAGGUAGAUUUCAGUCAAGCUUAGGCAACAACAUUAUACAGUACUACGCCUGUCCUGCUAACCACCAACACGAUGCACACAUAUUUGUUUUUGAAGAAGGAUGGAUCAGGCAACCAUAAGUGUGCAUCACAAUAUAAACCCAAGUGUCCCUACUUAUGAGGGGCAGUCCCUAUUUUGUGCCCAAAUCACUCUGUCCCUCUUUUCUAUCCAAUUGUCCCUCUUUUCUAGGAGCUCAAUAUUGUUGGUGUGUCUGACUGUGUAUCACAGAGCUCCACAGCAAUAAUACUCAAAAUAAUGUGUCUUUAAACUAUAAUAAAUGUGUUUAGAAAUCAUUCAGUGUAAAGAAGAUACAUUGUUCUUGUUCUAAAUUACAUUUCAGUUGGAUAGUUAUUAGUAAGUUACCAAAUAUUUCUCAGAACUGUCCCCCCACCCCUCUAAAAUUUAAAUGUCCCAUUUAAAAUGAUGUAGUUGUGGAACAUGGUUAGCAUUUUUUAUUUUGGAUAAAUAUUUUACAAUAAAUCUGAAAAUAAUGGACAAUAACAAAUAAUAAUAAUAAAAAAUAAAAAAAUAAAAAAAACAACCUUCUCCAUUAUAAGCUAUAUUGUAUCUUCCAUUUCUUUAUUUAAUGGGACUAGUAAGAUAAAGUAUUAAACACUGGAGUCACGCUGCAGCUGGGUGUGCAUGUCUCCAUUACACUAGGCGUGUCUGGUGUUUAGAACGCAGAGGAUACAUUGUAACAAGCAAAGCGUUCUCGGUUGCUAAGGCUGUGGAUUGCGUCAGAUCCAGUCUGUAGGAGAACCACUUCCGGUUUCCAGCUGUGGAUUCCUAUUGUCUGUGAGUUGGUGAUAACUCUCUCAUUAACCCUCCAAUGACCAGUCCAGGCACCCUUUACCCUUCAAUGCCAGCUUUCACAUUACAUAAUUAGUGCAUGUUAUCAGUUGCUAUAGAAACCCCUUCUUAGUACCCCAGCUACCCACACCUUGUUUCAGCAACACACUUGAUUAACCUCCAUAUUUCCAGUUGAUCAGGUUAAUGGGCUGCACAUGACUUGUGCUGUCCUACUGUAUGUAGAAUUUAUAUGUUGUAUUUAGUAUUACUAUGCUGUAUGUAGAAUGCAUAUGCUGUAUUUAAUAUUACUAUGCUGUAUGUAGAAUUUAUAUACUGUAUUUAGUAUUACUAUACUGUACGUAGAAUUCAUAUGCUGUAUGUAGCAUUGACAUGCUGCAGGAUUCCUGUCUUCAUUUCCUACAUGCACUCUUUUUGAAUUAAACAUACAACAGGGCAGCACCUUUCCUGUGUUGCUCAUCAAAAUGUGCAAGUGAGAUGUAUCCGGGAAUAUCGCUAACAAUGUGGAAGCAAUGAAUUCUGAACUCUCUGUAACCCAUCCCUAAUAUUUAAACUUAUGUCAAACUCUUUAUAAACUUGCACAAUCAAAGCGCUACCUGUUUUAUAAAUUAAAUAUGUAUUUGAGGGGCGCUUUAUAUCACAUUGUUUCUCACAACUUAUUAAUCCAGAUCUAUUUAUAUUCCUAUUAUUUUUAGUUUCUUGCGUCAAUAAUAUAAACUGUAGCGCUGAUACACAUAACCGUUGGCACUUCAGCAGUUGUGAAUUACAUUUUCUUUUGUCUGGCUCAGAAUCAUGGGAAAUGUAGUCAGCAGUUGCACUGCAAAAGGUUGCCAUCACACGUAUCUGUGAUGGGAAGCGUGCAUGCUACUGUUUGACAGCAACUAAUUGUUUCACUGUUUGAUAUUUGUAAUGUAGGAUCCUCCUGCAUCAUGGCAGAACCUUUGGACCUCUCCCCACCAGACAUCCCAGAACCAAGCUUUUUGGAGAUGCUACUCCGCUAUGGCCUUUUUUGUGGAGCCAUUUUCCAGCUGAUCUGCAUAUUGGCCAUUAUCUUUCCAGGAAGCAAAACACAGGAUGUGGUAAGACAUGAAUUGGGUAUUUUAUCCUUUAUGGGAUUACGUUAGUCUGAGUCAGACAUAAAACCGCAUUUUUUUUUUUUUUUUAUGCAAUAUGUGAGACUAUAUUCUACUUCAGUAAUUCUAUAAAAUAACAUAGGGGCUUUUAAUUCCUUUUCUUUCAGGCCUAUGUACACUGAGAGCGAGCACCUGCCAUGCAGUGUUUAGCUAAUGUAUUCAAUGCCUGAUUAAGGAUAAGGUACUUGUUUGUUUUACCACAAACAUUGCAUUAUGUUCUCCAGGAUAGAUUUAAGUGCAGUGGUAAUGGUUUGAUAGUCUUGUGUGCUAAUCUAAAGUGCAGUUACACAGCCUACAGAGAUCACAACAGACAAUGGCAAUGGUCUGUGAGAAGACCGGGGAAUUCAUGUGAACUAUGAAGACAUUUCAUUUUGUCAGUGUCCUAAUUUAUUACCAUUUAUCAUUUCAGUUUUAUAUUUUGUUCCCUAUUUUGUAUGCAGUAGGAUAUUGUAUUCAGAUUCAUUAUUGAUCCAUCUGAGGCAGUUAUGAAACCACACCUUGAUCUAAUCCUCAAAUGAGUCAUUUGGCAUCACACAGAGAGAUGAAGAUAUAAAGUUCAUAUAUUCUGUAUAAAAGCUGUUCAUGUCUUUUUCCAGAAUACUAUAUGUGGUGUGACGGAAAUGUAGCCAAUAAAACCAGGGAUGUAAAAUGUUAUAUUAAGCUGUUCUAGAGUUAAAGGGAUACUAUAGUCAACAGAGCAACUACAGCUUAUUGUAUUUGUUAUUGCGAGUAUAAUCAGUGCCUGUAGGCUUUUUGUUAUAAACACUGUCUUUUUAGAGAAAAGACAGUGUUUACAUUACAGUUUAGGAACAUCUCUUAUGGCCACUUCCCAGACAGCCAGUAGAGGUGCUUCCUGGUCAUUGCUGCACAAUGUGCAGCACUGACGUUCAGUGUCUCCACGCUCUUCAUGGAGGCGCUGACCGUUCCCCACAGAGAUGCACUGAUUCAGUGCAUCUCUAUGAAGAGAUUAUGCUUGGCCAGGGUGGCGUACCCACGCGGUGCUGGAGAUAAGGUGAGUUUUGACCAUAUUUCAGGGAUAGCAGGGUGGACAGGGUAGCUAAAUAGUGUUGCUAACACUGUAGGGUCAGGAAUACACAUUUCUGUUCCUGACUGUAUAGUGUUCCUUUAAGUACCUGGGAUUAUUUGGUAAAUCACCUCUGUUGGCGUAGGAAAAUUAAUCUCAAAUAAUGGUCAACUUUGACUCAAUGCAUUCAAUGUCAAAUGCAGAGAUAUGGCAUAGUCUACAGUGUUUCAAAAAUAUUGAGGGAAAUGACAUCUACCAAAAAUAUGGAAUCCACUCGUCAAGGUGCAGGAUUCAGGCAAACACUGAUAUUUGGGCACAAUUACUAACACAAUUACGACCAACUUCCAACAACAAUUUUAGGUCCAUCACAGAAACCUGAUGACUAGAUUCUGAUAUUCCCCACUCAGAGACCCACCAUGCAGAGGUGUUUCAGCUCCUAGUUUGACGUUAAGAUUUAAUUUACUUGCCAAACAUUUAAACUUUUUUUUAUAUCUAUAUGUGCUACUACUCAGAUUUCCAUUGGGUGGGAAGUAAAUUUGUUGGUCUACUUUAUUAAAAAAUCACCUCGUAUUUCAUCUACCAAAUAUGCAGAAAUGGCAUAAACUACUCAAAAUGUCCAUCAGUCUCUAAAUUGCUCCGUAAUCAGCUACCUUCUAAUGUAGUUUUCUAACAUUUUCCAGUGUUAUGCGAUGAUUUGUGAUUUAUACAGAAUUGUGUGUACUACAUACUUAUAUUAAUGUCAAUAACCUAUUGAAUGUCUCUGAAAACACCCGUAAACAAUGAUUUAGCCAACACUUUACUUAGUCUACCUCAAUACAAAAAGAAAGCAGCCCGAUCCUCCUUUUCCUACAGAGCGCCUCAAUUAUGGAACGACCUUCCGCACACUUUCAAAUCUUCCCCAGGCCUAAAAUAAUUUAAGAGAUCCCUCUCUACAUAUCUCAAAACAGAAUGCACCGGUCAUGGUUCAUUUUAUAUUUCCUACCUGUUCUAUGUUAAAUUUGGUAUAUGUUGUGUAUUAAUAUUGUUUUUGUAUUUUAUUGUAUGCAAUGAUUUGUGGACCCAGGACAUACUUGAAAAUGAGAGAAAUCUCAAUGUAUCCUUCCUGGUAAAAUAUUUCAUAACUAAAUAAAUAUAAUAGAAAAUAUCAGGACUCUGAAUUUCCCCUUGCCCAAAAACCAUUUACAUGUGGGAAUUUAGGCCUGGUAGUGUGCUAUGAUUUGCCACCCCAACAGCCUGUCAAGGUCAUUAGUGCUGUUUGCAAGCAGAGAGUUUUUCUAACAAUAGCCCCACAGCUGAUGGAGUAGUGUUAAACUAUGGGAUUGAGCAGCUGCAUGCUUGUAGAAUAGGUAAGAAGAAACUUUUAAGAAUCACCCCUACUACUGUUUAAAACUCCACACAGAGUGUGAAAAUCUUUGUGGUGUUUCUGGCAGUCAUGGUGUAGGGGGUAGUUCAAAGGCUACAGCAAAUAGCCUGCGUGUUUCCGAGGCAGGCUGACAUUGGUAGAGAGAUCAAGAGUAAGUUCCUCUCUUUUCCGAUUCAAACACAUGGAUUGCAGGUGUAUCUCAGCCAAAUUGCAAACCCAUAGCUAAAAGGUUAUUCUCUUUUCUUACUUUGUCUAUGCUGCUAGGUUAUCGAUGGGAAGCAUGUGACAAUUCGAUAGGGUUUAUCUUCUAAUGGGUGAAUCAUUUGGGGGCAUUAUCUAGAGUUCACAUUGCAGAAUGAAGUUAGAUGUGGUGAGUAACACUUAAGCCUGGCUAGUAGAAUGGUUCUGAAAUUCCCAACCUUACUUUGUAUAAUCACUUUCCUUAGCAAUUAUAAACCUGUGUCUGUUAGUAAUUCUUCCAUGAAUCAAAGACUAGGGCUGGCAGGCCCAGGUGCCAAGAAGUGUCAGUACAUUUGGAAUAAUGUACAGACCAGACUCAGAAAUUAGAUGAAUUUUAAUUCGUUAAAAUGAUUUGUCCACUCUACUGGGUAAACUACUGUCAGAGACUAAUUAUAUUAAGUGAUAAUUCCUUUUACCUUCCAGGACACUGA